AUGCCAAGUCUUCUAGAUGCAACUUUGUCAAGUAGAGAUGCUCAAAUUCUGCAAGAGUUUCGAGCCCGGAUGAAGAAACUACAAAAUACUUACCAAAGUCAGGACGCCAAUCUGUGGAAAAGGACCCGCAAGUCCCUUGAGAAACGUCUUAAUGCUUCCCAUCUGCACUUGGAGCCAGCCAUCUUACUGUUCACAGCUGGCCAAGAGGGUGAGAAGGUGCUCAGGUGCCUAAGCAAUGAGAUUGCUGAUGCUUUUGCCUUCUCCCAGAAUGCUACGACAAUCAAAAUUGACGGGGCAGACAAAACCGUAUUGGACAGUGACCGUGUCAAGCUGGAGGUAGAUAAUGAGCUCAGCUCUGGGUUUAGAGAAGGUAAGAAGGUAGCAGUGGUGCAUCGAUUUGAGUUGCUGCCUGCAGGCUCCACCUUAAUCUUUUACAAGUACUGUGACCAUGAAAAUGCAGCUUUUAAAGAUGUGGCUCUCCUGCUGACCGUUCUCCUGGACGAGCAGUCGCUGACAAAGAGCCUCACCUUGAAAGAAGUUGAGGAGAAAGUCCGGGAUUUCCUCCAGGUGAAGUUUACCAGCUCAGAUGUUUCUACUUCUUAUAACAGCAUGGACACAGAUAAGCUGAGUGGACUGUGGAGCCGUAUAUCUCACCUUGUGUUGCCUAUUUGGCCUGAAAAAGGCCUCCCUAUGGAAGGAUGCACAUAA